GCUGCUCACCAUCUUUGGAUUCUUAUCCCCAUCACUGUAUGUCUGUAUCUGUAACCAAUAUAUAUAUCAAAAACCACUACUUAAAUGCAACUAUUGGUCUUGGUCAUAGCCAGUUUCACUCGCUCCCUCCAACUAGUCAAGUAGUCAACGACGUCGUCUCGGUCAUCGUCUCACUGGCACUGGCAGAGAAUGGCUUCAACUGUCGAACAAUCAACUGAAGCAACUGGAGAGAAGCUCACUGCACCAUACGGUUCUUGGAAGUCCCCUAUAACCGCCGAUGUUGUCUCCGGCGGCGAGAAGGGUCUCGACGGCACCGCCGUAGACGGCCAUGGCCGCCUAUUUUGGCUCGAAUCUCGCCCCACCGAAUCAGGACGAGUAGUUCUUGUUAAAGAACCAGAGAAACCAGGGGAUGAACCAAUCGAUGUUACGCCGAAAGAGUUUGCGGUGCGAACAGUGGCUCAAGAAUAUGGAGGUGGUGCAUUCAGGAUUUCAGGGGACACUCUAAUUUUCUCGAAUUACAAAGAUCAAAGACUAUACAAACAGUCAAUUGUAUCUAGAGAUUAUUCUCCAGUGCCACUUACAGCAGAUUAUGGCGGACCGAGAAUGUGUUACGCAGAUGGAGUUUUUGAUUUGCGCUUCAACCGUUAUAUUACUGUAAGAGAAGAUCAUCGCGAAAGCAGUCAAAAUCCAAUCACUACUAUUGCUUCAGUGGACCUCAGCAAUGAGGAUAUCCAAGAACCAAAAGUAUUAGUUGGAGGCAACGACUUCUAUGCCUUCCCACGUUUGGACCCCAAAGGAGAACGUAUUGCGUGGAUUGAGUGGAGUCACCCUAACAUGCCGUGGGAUAAAUCAGAGCUUUGGGUUGGCUAUAUAUCUGAGAAUGGAGAUGUUUACAAACGCAUCUGUGUUGCUGGCGGUGAUCAUACACUUGUUGAAUCUCCAACUGAACCCAAGUGGUCAUCUAAAGGGGAACUAUUCUUCAUCACUGACAGAAACAAUGGGUUUUGGAAUCUCCAUAAAUGGAUUGAGUCUGAUAAUAAGGUGCUGCCAAUUUAUUCGUGUGAUGCUGAGUUUACAAGACCAUUAUGGAUGUUUGGCAUGAACUCUUAUGAAUUUAUUCCAAAUUAUGAACAAAAGAACUUGAUCGCUUGCAGUUACAGGCAAAACGGGAGGUCAUUUCUCGGAGUUUUGGAUGAUGUUUGGAGCACGCCAUCUCUAAUUGAUAUUUCUUUCACAGAUAUAAAUAAUAUUACCCUGGGAUCUGAUUGUCUGUACAUUGAGGGAGCAUCUGCAGUUCAUCCUUUUUCAAUAGCUAAGGUGACUUUAGAUGACCAGAGACUAAAAGCAGUUGAUUUCAAGAUUAUUUGGUCGUCUUCACCUGAUAGUUCAAAGUAUAAAUCAUACUGUAGCUCGCCAGAAUUAAUUGAAUUUCCUACAGAGGUUCCAGGUCAAAUUGCCUAUGCAUACUUUUAUCCACCAACCAACCCAAUUUAUCAAGCUAGUCCUGAAGAGAAACCUCCACUACUAUUGGAAAGCCAUGGAGGGCCUACUUGUGAAACCCGUGGAAUCUUAAAUCUUAGUAUCCAGUAUUGGACUAGUCGAGGUUGGGCAUUUGUGGAUGUUAAUUAUGGUGGAAGCACUGGUUAUGGCAGAGAAUAUCGAGAAAGGCUUUUGGGGCGUUGGGGAAUUGUUGAUGUUAAUGACUGUUGCAAUUGUGCUAAGUUUUUGGUAGAGAGCGGAAAAGUAGAUGGAGAACGAUUAUGCAUUACUGGGGGCUCUGCUGGUGGGUACACAACAUUAGCUGCUCUUGCUUUUAGAGAUAUAUUCAAGGCUGGAGCUUCUUUGUAUGGUGUAGCUGACUUAAAAUUGUUGCGAGCAGAAAUUCCUAAGUUCGAAUCUCAUUAUAUCGAUAAUCUUGUUGGAAGUGAAAAUGAUUACUUUCAGAGGUCACCCAUCAACUUUGUCGAUAAAUUUUCUUGCCCCAUAAUUCUGUUCCAAGGAUUGGAGGAUAAGGUUGUACCCCCUGGUCAAGCUCAGAAAAUCUACUUGGCAUUGAAAGAAAAGGGUUUGCCUGUUGCUCUUGUGGAGUAUGAAGGAGAGCAACAUGGCUUUCGCAAGGCUGAAAACAUUAAGUUCACACUGGAACAACAAAUGGUUUUCUUUGCACGUGUAGUGGGACACUUCAAGGUCGCAGAUGACAUCACUCCAAUCAGAAUUGAUAACUUCGACUGAGAGUUUGGUAUUUGACUUGCGAACUUUGUACAAUUAUCUGUGACCCUACAACUGAUCUCAAUAGUUUUUGUUGGUUGGGAGAGUUCUGUGCCAUUUCAUUUUUUCUGAAGCAAUGUUACACUUGUGUUCAUUAUGCGACUCUAAAAUAAAAUCACUCUUUUAACUAGGUUUA